UCCUCUGUCCGCGCGCUCAUUCUCGGACAAGCACAGGCGCAGGUAACAUGGCUGAGGAGAUACAUUCCAGUCAUUCCCCGGAUUUAGACAACGCUCGAGAACACGGGAUGAACUUGCAUAAGCGCCAAUCCCGCGUUACGGUAAAGUACAACCGCAAACAGCUUCAGAAAAGGUUAGACGUGGAGAAAUGGAUCGACGAAGGGCUGGACAAGCUGUACGGGGGCAAGGACAUGCCAGAAGAAGUGAACAUUGAUGAUUUGUUGGAUCUCCCAAGUGAUGAAGAACGAACACACAAACUACAGGUUCUUCUGCAGACCUGCACCAGCAGUACUGAGGCUUUUAUUGCUGAGCUGUUGCAGAAGCUGCAAGGUCUCCAUAAACAGGAAGAACUGCAGAAUGAAGGAAUUGAACAUCCCUGUCUUCACACUUAUCCCCAUCACCAUGGCAACGUCCAUCAUCACAGAGGCAACCAUCAACAUCCAACACAUCAGACACUCUGAUUGCAUCAAGUUUGGAUAAUUGCACUCACUGGACUGAGCUCCCUAACAUAGACUCAGGACACAAACAUGAUGUAGCCAACUAGAUUAGCAACUCUGUAACUGUGAGGUGUUUGUUUACAAACUCAUGAGGGUGGUAUAUUAACAGUGUUCGGUUAUAAAAUUCCUCAUUGCUGUUGGCAAGUCUUUGCAGUAGCAUUAUUUAGUUUGCAGGGUUCUUGGUUGUAUGACUUGGUUAUAGGAUUGAUUAGUGAAACUAGCAGUAUGCAAGUUUAAUCUGGUCAUAUUGGUGGUCUUCGGGUAGCUUCGUCCCCACAUAUUCACAACCCAAUACUAAAACAUUUUAAUAAUCACAGGAAAAUACCAAAUCUGAGUAGUCAUUAUAUAUAUAUAUGGACAUAUUGUUAAAGUUAAUAAUGUUUAUGAACUGAAGAUUUUAUGCAAUAAAUGUUUAAUAAAAGUAACAAUUAUUUUG